AUGAAAGUGUGUGGUUGUAAUUUGUAUUCUAGCAUAAGGCAAUUAUUUUUUGCCCUGAUUCUUAGCGAUGGCUUGUGCAUUAGUGUCGUACUAUAGCUAAGGUACGAGAGUAACCUCGUGCCUCUCAGCCCCCGUUCGUUCGCCUAUGCCGGGAGCGUUGCCCUAUAUGGGAUUAUUCAAGGAUGAGCUGAGCACCCUUCUCGAUUUGGCUCAGGCGUGCCUUGGACUCACCUUGCUCUUCCCCUGCCCAUGGGCCAUGGGUAACCCCAAUGGGUCAUUCCAUGCAUGUGAGUCGGAUUUUAUCCUCAACCAAGUAUGGAUUGGACAUAAGUUUGAGAACUGCAGGAAAAAAAGUGAUAGUAAAGAGAAAACCACUAAAAAGAAAAUGGAGUGGAGGCCAAAAAAUGAAACUGCCAAUAUCCUGAAUGAGAAGCAGGAGCCUGAAGUGGGACACGAUCCUCCCCCCUAUCCUAUCCCUCUGGAUAAAGGAGAGCCUGAAGCGGUAACAAUAACAGAAGAUGAGGAUGAAGGCUAUACUGAGAACAAACGAAAGGAACUGUGGAAAAACCUAAGUAAUCAUAAAGUCCCAUCUCCUUGGUGUGUACUAGGUGAUUUCAAUACAAUACUUCACCUGGAUGAGAAGAUAGGUGGAACUCAAGUUAGUCGGGAGGAUCUCCAAGAUUUCCAAGACUGCCUUAAUGAAUGUGGGCUGGAGGAUCUCCCAUAUGAGGGACCCAAGUUCACAUGGACUAACAACCAAGAAACUGGAAGAAGAAUCUACUCUAAACUUGAUAGAGUUCUGGGGAAUGUGAGUUGGGUGCUGAGUUUCAACCUAAAAGUUUACUUCAAGGAGGAAGGGAUCUCUGACCAUUCACCUAUGAUCCUCAAAUCACUAGUACAAGAUAGAAAACACGCCAGUUUUAAAUUUUGUGAUAUGUGGACCUUGGAUCCCCAUUUCCCAAAUAUAGUGGCUGAAAUUUGGGACAAGGAUCACCAGGGGUACCUGAUGCACCAAGUGGUCCAGAAACUAAAGCAACUGAAAGAACCAUUGAAGAGUCUUAACAGAAAUAAAUUUAAAUCAUUAGAUGAUCAAAUUGAAGAAACCAGAUCCAGACUCAAUGCAGCUCAAGGGGUAUUGAGAAAGGGAGGGUCUAACCCUACUGACCUCAAGGCAGAGAAGGAGCUGAGGAAAGAACUCCAAAUGAAAAUGAAAGCAAGGUUCCUUAUGUGGACCCAUCAAUCUAAAGUUGACUGGAUAUCAAUGGGGGACCAGAAUUCUAAGUUAUUUUAUGCCUGGCUCAAGAAAAAGAAGUAUCAAAACCACAUUACUACAAUUACUGACUCCACGGGAGAGGUAAAGGAGGGCAAGGAAGAAGUAGCAAAAGUCCUGGUGGAUUAUUAUCAAAAUCAAUUAGGUAAAAUGGAGAUGACAGAAGACAUAAGCAAGGAUAUUGUGGAUAUGGGAGAGUGCCUCUCCAUUGAACAGCAAAUGAAACUUAUCUCCCCGAUAUCUCCUGAGGAAGUUAAGAAAGCUGUCUUUGAUGGUUAUAGUAGUGGAUUCUUUAAGAAUCAAUGGCAUAAGGUGGGUCCACUCAUUACAAAUGCAGUUCAGGAGUUCUUCUAGAAAGGGGAAUCAAUCAAGCAGAUAAAU